UUUUUUUGCCACAAAAAUGGCAAUAAUGAAAAGAAAAUAUUCCAAAAUAAAAUUUAAUAUUUUACUCCAUUUAUUAUUUUCUUUCCUUUUUGUUUUCUUAUUUACCUCUUUAACUUCUUCAUGGUCUAUUGAAUUUCCAUCACCUUCUUCUUCUUCAACACUUCAAGAAGAAGAACUUCCUUUGCAUCCUUUAUCUCCACCCGAACGUUUACCAAAAAAUGACAAAAAAAUAAUUACUAAAAGACAGGCAUAUCAAGUUUAUUUGGGUGGAGAAGCUAGUGUUUCUAUUGAUAAAGGUGCUGAAGAUUCUGGACCUUGGGGUGAAUGGACAAAGGAAAGGGAUUGUUCCCGUUCAUGUGGUGGAGGUGUUUUGAUUGAAAGGAGAUUGUGUUCAGACAAUACAUGUCAAGGGCCAUCAAUUAGAUAUAUUUCUUGUAAUAUAGAGCCCUGUCCAGCUGGCACAAAAGAUUUUAGAUACGAACAAUGUUCUCAACAUAAUGAUGACCCUUUGGAUGGAAAAUAUUAUAAAUGGAUCCCCUAUGCCGGAAAAAACAAAUGUGAAUUAACUUGCCGUCCAGAAAAUGCCAAUUUUUAUUAUAAAUUUGCCGAGAAAGUUGUUGAUGGAACUAAAUGUGAUGCUUAUAGCGACGAUGUUUGUGUUGAUGCUAAUUGUUUACCUGUUGGGUGUGAUGGAAAACUUGGAUCUGUCGCCAAAAAAGACAAAUGUGGUGUUUGUAACGGAGACGGUUCUGCUUGCAAAACAGUAGAGGGUAUUUUUGAUGAGAGAGGAUUAGCUUUAGGUUAUCACGAUAUUGUGUCUAUACCUGUUGGUGCCACAGCAAUUCAUAUAGAAGAAUUGAGACCUUCCAGCAAUGUUUUUGCAAUUAAAAACUCUACUGGGGAUUGGUUAUUAAAUGGUAAUUAUCAAAUACAAGUAAUUACAAAAAAUAUUAUUGUUGGAGGAAGUGCUUUUAAAUAUGAAAAAGGAGAUGGUGGAACUGAAAAAUUAACAUCCAACGGUCCAUUAACAGAACCUUUAACAAUCUCUUUAUUACUUCAACGAACAACAACACCAAAAACUAGCAGCGCUGUUAAAUAUGAAUUUUCUAUACCUUUAGAAAAGGAUAUUAAAUAUUUAUGGAAACCUGGGGAAUGGUCUAGCUGUUCUGUUACUUGUGGAAAAGGUUUAAUAACUCGAACACUUUAUUGUACCGAUGUUGCAACACAUACACGAGUAGAUGAUUCCAUAUGUGAAGAACAAAACGCUACAAAACCAGAAUUUGAAAAGCCUUGUAAAACUGUUGACUGCGAACCUCAAUAUUUUGUUGGUGAAUGGGAACCAUGUUCGAGUACCUGUGGAGAUAAAGGACUUCAAUUUAGAGUUCUUUACUGUCAUCGAGUUUUUGCUGAUGGGCGUCGGACAACAGUUUCAGAUGGAAAUUGUACGGAACGAGGAAUUGAAAGGCCAGAAGCUAGAAGACAAUGCAAUAGAUUUCCUUGCCCAGAAUGGCAAGCAGGCCCUUGGUCUUCUUGUUCUUCACAAUGUGGGGAUGCUAAACAAUUUCGUUCUGUAACGUGUAGAAGUGCUAAAGAAGGGGAAGGAGGGAAAAUGUUACCUGCCGAUGCUUGUCCGGAUAAAGAUGGAAAGCCUCAAACAGAAAGGGAUUGCAAUUUAGGACCUUGUAAAGGUCUUCAAUUUAAAACUACUGAAUGGGAAUUGUGCCAACGUUGUAAUGACACAGAAGAACGGCGUAAUGUAACAUGCCAGGACCGCAAUGGAAGAGAAUAUCCUUUAGAAAAAUGUUUGGAAACACAAAAAAUUGGGGCAACAAAAAAGACAGAAAAAGCAAAAAUACCAGAAGAUAAACGCCCCUGUGCAAGUCCAGCCCCAUGCCUUUAUGAAUGGCAUUUUUCUCAAUGGUCGAAAUGUAGUACUGAAUGUGGACAUGGACAUAAAAGUAGAACUGUAUUUUGUGCUAUAAAUGAGCUUGGACAGACAAAGCGCGUAGAUGAGUCUUUAUGUGGAGGUGAUAAACCCAUUUCACAAGAGGAAUGCCUUAAUGAAGAAAAAUGUGAGGGUGUUUACUUUACUGGGCCUUGGUCUGAAUGUUCAGCAUCUUGUAAUGGGGGAAUCCAAACUCGGGCAGUUGUUUGUUUAAAUUAUGACAAAAAACCUGUCCCAGAAUGGUGUGAUGAAAGACUAAAACCUAUUGAACAACAAAUUUGUAACAAUCAAACAUGUCCUGUCUGCUCAGAAAGCGAAUUUGGUUGUUGUCUCGACAAUACAACAUUCGCAACUGGACAAUUCUAUGCUGGUUGUUCUAAUUGUUCAAUUUCUGAAUUUGGUUGUUGCUCAGAUAAUAUAACAGAAAAACAAGGAAAAGAUAAUCAGGGAUGUCCUGGGAGUGAAAAUGUUGAAGAGGAAGGCAGUGGAGAGGAACCAAUUGAGGAGGGAGGGAUUAAAGAAGAACUUUGCACACUUGAGAGUCAAACUGGUGAACGAUUGCAAAUACCUUGUACAACAAUUGCCCCAUCUGUUAUUGUUGGGGAUUUGCUUAAAGCAAAUGUUAGUGAAAAUGAAACUAUUAAUUGUUCUAAAACGGUAAAAGUCUUUCUGGUUUGGUUGUUUUAUCAGUUUUUAAUGAAGGAAUUUGGCUGUUGCCCAGAUUGGUAUACCCCGGCAGAAGGUCCAGAACUUGCUGGGUGUCCAGUCUUUACUUUAGGGACUUGUAAUGAAACUAAAUAUGGCUGUUGUUCUGAUGGUGUUACUCUGUCCCGGGGGCCUGACUUUCAAGGAUGUGGAGAACCUACUUGUGCUGCAUCGCUUUAUGGAUGUUGUAAAGACAGGAGAACAAUUGCUUUUGGACCUAAUUAUGGAGGUUGUGAAGGAGCCUUUUAUUCUAAUUUUUGUAUUAAAGGCUGUGAGCGUAGCAGUCUUUCUUGUGAACUCACCGAAUAUGGUUGUUGUCCAGACGGUACAACUCCUGCUUUAGGCAAAAAUGGGAAAGGAUGUGGGGCAAGUUGUUUAUUGACUAGGUAUGGAUGUUGUCCUGAUGGGAUUACGCAUGCAAAAGGCCCAGAUAAUGAUGGUUGCGGAUGUGUAUUCUCUCAAUAUGGCUGUUGUCCAGAUGGAAAAAAUUCGGCAAAAGGGCCAGGAUUUUAUGGCUGCCCAGAAAGCUGUGCCCAAAGUAAAUAUGGUUGUUGCCCUGAUGGACAGACGGCUUCUAGAGGCCCAAAUAAGGAAGGAUGUCCUUGCCAAUAUUCUCGUUGGGGUUGUUGUAAGGAUGGACAAACAACUGCUAUUGGGCCACAUGAAGAGGGCUGUGAUGAUUGUAGAUAUGGAAAGUAUGGAUGUUGUCAAGAUGGAAGUUCAAAAGCUUUUGGUCCAGACUUUGCUGGCUUGGCAAGUUGUGGAUUGCCUCAAGAUCAAGGCCAAGUUUGCUCAUCUAGCUAUAAACUAGCCUGGUAUUAUGAUAUGGCAGAAGCUAGGUGUGCACAAUUUUGGUAUGGCGGUUGUGGGGGAAAUGAAAAUCGUUUUGGAACUCAAGAGCAAUGCGAACAAAUUUGUGUUGAUCCACCAGGACUUGGUCGUUGUUAUUUACCAAAAGUUGAAGGCUCAAAGCGUUGUGAACAAUUAACACCUAGAUAUUCUUAUGAUUAUAUUUCUAAACAAUGUACUGCUUUUUGGCAUACAGGAUGUUUAGGGAAUUCUAAUAAUUUUCUUUCUUGGGAAGAAUGUCAGAGUUUUUGUGCGGGAGCGGAUGCAUCACAAGUCCAAGUUAAUAUUGUUCCAUAUCGAGGACCUAUUCCAAUAUCUCCACAACAUAAUCUUCAACCACCUCUAAUUCCCCAACAACAAUUACCCCAACAACCCCCUCCACCACCCCCACCGCCACCACAACCACCUCAACAACAACCUGUUAUUGCCCCUAUUGUACCUUCUAUCUCAGAAGAAAAAUUAUAUCCAACCCUUCGACCUCAACCUUUAAUUAUACCUCCAAAGAAACCAGAAAUUUCUCCUUUUGAAGAGGACGAUGCUUGUAGAAUGAUGCUAGACAGUGGAAAUUGUCGAAGUUAUGUGGAUAAAUAUUACUUUGAUGCAUUCAAUGGCGGCUGUUUCCGUUUUAUUUAUAGUGGAUGUGGCGGGAAUAGGAAUCGUUUUAAUACGGAAUCAGAAUGUACUCAACGUUGUGCACAUUUAAUUUCAUCUCCGACCAAACCUGGAUUUUUAGGCCAUAAACAACAAUUACAACCACUACCUUCAGCACACAGAACAAAUGCUCCUUUACCUGGAAAACAAGCUUUUUUAAAAACAAAGGAAAUGUGCAAUCUUCGACCAGACGUUGGUAAAUGUGAAGGACAUUUUGAUAGCUUCUAUUAUGAACUAGCUACUGGACAAUGUGAACGAUUUACCUAUUCUGGAUGUGGGGGGAAUGCAAACCGAUUUAAUAGUCUUGAUGAAUGUCAGGCCGUUUGCCUUCGCCGUCACGAUUUCCCUCCUCCUCCAGGCCCACAAACUCCAUUUAAAACUGCUUCAGCAUUUGUUCCCCCAGAACCUAGCCAACCAAUAAUUCCAGCUGCUGCUGGAAGUAUAAUACAAUUAACUGGAAGGGAAAAACAAAAAAAUCAACAACAAAUUUGUGAUUAUUCUAAAGAAACUGGGUCCUGUAAACAAUUUGUUACUAAAUGGUAUUACAAUAAAUCGGAUGGAACUUGUAAUAGAUUCCAUUAUGGAGGUAUUUUUAAAUUGAAAUUGUUGUUGUUAUACAUAAAUGAGUAG